CCUCCCGCGCCGCAUGACGUCACGGCCGUGUUGGCGUUGGCUGCGCGCCUGCGCGAGAGAUGACCCGGGGCUGCCGGCGCGCUCGGUCCCAUUCAUGCUGCAGAGCACCUAGCGGGCCAGGCUCCACUAUGACCGGGCUGCUUCUGCCGCCGCUGCUGAUGCUGCUUGCCGCCCUGGUCCCAGGGUCGCGAGCAUCGGGGACGCCAUCAUUCCGCUGCUACCAGUGCCGAGUAGCCAACAACGAGGACUGCCAUGAUGGUUACCUCAAGUCUUGCCCCACUGACCAGGCGUACGACGUCUGCAUGACCAUGGUCGUGAAGAACGCCCAGCAGGGCUUCUUCAUCGAGAAGAAGUGCGCCCUGGGUCCCUGCAACCUGCGCGACGAGAAGCAGAGCCAGGGCUUGGGCCUGGACACUUGCGACCGCUCCAAGGACUCGUACAGCUGUUUUGAGUGCUGCAAAGGCGACGGCUGCAACACGAACGCCGCCGGCCGCCGCUCGCCACUGCUCUCGGUGCCGCCACUCCUGCUGCUGACCGCUAUGCUGGCCGGCCGGAGGGCGUGAGCUCGCGGCGCCACUGCCGAGCCUCGGAGCGCGCCCCGGCCUCUCUUCUCCCGCACCAACCCCACCGCUCGCGUCUGCCACUGCCUUGGCCGCCGAAGGCCGAUGGGCGGGCGACGGGCACUCUGCGCACCGCCGCGCGACGUCCUGAACGGUACAAAUCACGCCGGGAGCUCUCCCCUCGCCUCCUCCGCACCCCAACACCACAAAACCACGAGAAACCCCGGGCGCGAGGCCGGCGGACGAGGCCGCUGCCUGCAGCCACAGGCAUCUUCCGUGAACACAAAGAUCCGUGCCGUGAUCGAUACACACUCGGCGGCAUGUACACAUACACACGCACAGACACGCGCGUACCGCCACACACUGCACACACAAGACUUCCCCCGCGCCUGCCUUUCUACUCGGCUGACGUCGAAUACCAACAACGUGGCCUCGAUGAAACACGACGCAGCGUUAUGUAGGCGCACGGGAUGAGCGAAAAAAAAAAAAAAGGCUGAUUUCAUUAGUUCGCGCUCUGACCCAGCUGGUUCUUGCUUGUAGGUUUAGACGCGUCCGUACUAUGUUACGCUUGGAUGCCAUUGCUGUGUGCCGCGCCCCGACUUGCAAGGAUAACCAAGCUUAUCUCGAUGUUCGAAAGUGCUUGGGAGAACAAAGCACGAGCGCUCGAGUCCUAGUUUCGGUCAGCGCCUCUGCUGCCCGCGUCGCGUUGCUGCGCCGCACCGUGGCCGAGACUGUGGCUUCCGUACUGGUACCGUGGCCUUCAUUCCAGCCAAAGCUGAAAGAGUAGAGCGUCUUGUGUUCGAGCGCGCUUGUGCGUUCAUUUAUCGAUAGGUUUGCCUCGCACAACUGUGCACGACCCUCCGCAGCGGCUUCAGAUAUGCUCCAUUCCGUUAAAACUGUACGGAGACCUCUGGCAGUGUCAGUCGUCGACAAAGCCAGGUUCAAUGGUUGCCCCCUAGGCCUUUGGAGCCUUGCUGCUUUUCUUUCUUCCUUUCUUCCUUUCUUUCUUUCUUUCCUUCUUUCUUUCUUUCGUUCUUUCUUUCGUUCUUUCUUUCGUUCUUUCUUUCGUUCUUGCUUUCUUGGGCGUCUGUGAGUACUCACGUAUACCCCCCAUUCGUCUCAAUAUCAUCAAUUGAAGCAAACUUUAAGCAUGUUCGAAAUAGCAUCGCGAGAACAAUUUACAACAAAUAAAAGAAAGAGAAACCCUAUUACUAGCUCAAACAGGGCUUGAAGUAAGAUCUAAUCACUGUCUCAGGGCAUUUGAUUUCGGUAUGACCUGCUCAACCAGUACGACUGCGAGAUUGGGGUUUCUCGGCUUAUUCCGUAGUGUUUAGACGCAACCAAGGACGGGGAAAAAAACGAUCAGGACAGGAUCUCGGCUUUUCUGUUAUCAGUACCGCCAUUGUAAACUUUCUUUGAGUAAACAGACGAUCGGAUCGUAGAUUACAUUCAGGCACAUCUACAGAAAGAUCGAAGGACAAUAGUUCGAAAAGGACAAGACGCGUGACGUUUUCUCAGCAUGAAAUUCAUAAGUACUGUGCCCAUUGAAAGACAGAAACACAUUCCACCUUACUGCUUGUUUCUCUUUCUUUGGGAAUAAUGAAUUCAGGUGAACAGGUGAUCAAGACUCGGCGACGAAAACCGCGCUGUCUCUGGAACCACGCUUGAAAUAUACACUACACAAAGUCGAACAGUCGAGCGGGUCUUAUUAGCAUGCUCUUCUUUACCCGGUGCGUUCCAGAAACCUAUGCUUCCUUGUAAACAUGCGGAUAUAACGUUAUGUCGCGCUUAUGGAAGUUUCCAAAGAUAGUGUCAAUAGCAAAAUUUUCCCUGUUAAGAACUGCUACAUUAAUCGUACUUACGAAUGCGGCCUGUUUCACCCCACAUCUCUAAGAAAAAAAAUUAUGCGCUACUUGCAAAUCUUCGUAAAUAAUUCACUGUAGCUUCUGUACUUAUCCAACGACGUGCAUCUAUGUUGGUUACUCACCAAGCUGUGACAGUGAUUGCAGAGAAGUGCGACCCAUUGCUUGUACGGUACGACUGCAAGCCUGCAGCCAGCAAUCUAUUCCUCCCGUCGAUACGGUGCAUUGCAUUUGCUACGUGAGUCUUCACGUCCGCUUGGAAACGUUAACAUGCUCGAUGUGCACGGUAUUCAUGUUCCGCCUGACGUAUACAAUUUAUACAUGUGCGGUAUAUACAAGCAUAUAUCUUACACAACGCGGUACUCGUCGAGCAUGGGCAUAAUACACUUCGGGCAUCCUCCGAAAAUAUGCACGGCCAAGGUCUGCUGAGGCGCUCACCUGAGGUCAGCGUGAGCUAUAUAUGUUGUAGUCGGCAUCAAGUAAUUUCAAGCGCAUCGAUAGCGUAAUGUUAACUUUGCUUGUCUGUUUUCUUUCCACUGGGCAAAAGAAGACGCAUUGCUUUUACGGGAGAAGAGUGGCCGCCACUCCGCUAGUCCCUGCAUAACGGAUCCUCGUUUCCUCGUGCAUAAUAUAUAGGCAAACAGUUACAUCCGUACCGUCUGUUCCUCUGCGUCUGUGAUCACUCAAACACGAGAAGCAGACGACGAGUUUCGCUACACCCGUUCGUGGCCGCGCGUCUCGCUUUAUAGCAGGAGCUUUUUAUGAUGAUUUCGCAGCCGUUUCGGUGUUGUCUAGUGAGCGCCUCUACCCCGCCGCGGCCUCCGGUGCUCGCCGGCGAUCACGUGUUGUGCGAAGGAGCGCGCCGUAGCGUGGCCCCUCUCACCAUUCAACGGUUGUGCCGCAACCCCGUCUGGUACCGCCUACUCCCCAUUUCCAGGCCAGCUCCCCUUCGAACCCCGGCUAUCCAGCGAGUGUGCACAGUGGUGCUUGUCCCGUACGUUCCGAAUCCCGGCCAGCCAAGGGUCGAGAGCGGAGCAUCGCCGGAUUCCUUCCUCGUGCACAGCCCUCGCAUGGGUGGCCUUUUCCCGCGAGGCGUAACUUCCUGCGGGUGCCUGCCUCAGGGUCUGCUUGCACGAAUAGCCCAGGAGGUCUAAAUAUCCCAAAAUCCGCAUCGAUCGUUGCCUUUGAAUAGGCAGCCAGCUCGGACAAACGCGCUGGCUACCAGUCCUCGAGUCUAAAGUUAGGCUGGUUCACUCUUUCAGAAAUCUAGGAGAAAAUAUCGGCAACUUCGUCAUCUAGAGAGAAUGCUGGCCAAUUGAUACCCGUCUACAUGGGGGUGUGUAACUAAUUGGUAAUGCGAGUAAUAAUCGAUGCACUCCUUCUUUGAUGCUUUGAAUAAAAGGUUGCAUUUGUUGGGCUUCGGGGCAACCGGAACGGUUAAGUUUCGCAAUUUCACAGAGCCUUUCACAUAGCAUUCGCUAAGACAUGUCAUUAUUAUCCCGCCUGUGUCGGCGCAGUAAUGCGUAUCCGAUGGUAAUUCCCAGGUUUUGUUCGUGCAACCAAGCCCCGAUUCCCGAGUACAUUAACUGUGUACAUACAUAAAGCUCUAAAGAGUUUGCAUCGCUAAGUGAAGUAGUGACCUUGCUCAUUAUUGAUACUCACCACUGGACGGUCAAGCGGAAGUGCUAUUCUAAUGUUUUGCAUUUGUUCUCUUGUUCUUGUUGGCAAAUAUUUUUUUUCUUCUUUUCACCGCCGACACCAGGACGUAUAUCAAUGGGAUGCACCCUAUCCGAUGCCAACAGACCGAGAUGCUUUGCGUUGCGUCUACCCUACAUUUCUUGAGCACUUUUUGAAAAUUAUUUUUCGAGACGCUGUCUCUUUAUGACUAACGUGUGCUGAGGAGCGCCGAAGGGCGCUUAUAACUGUGACAGCACAUUGUCUACCAACACGGGCGCUUGUUCCAGUGCGGCUUGCUGCCUGUGUAAGACUGGUCUGUGGUAAAAAAAAUGUAUAAUCUACAGGCUGAAGGCUAAAGUUUAAUGUAGUUUUGGGUUUGUUUCCUCCUGUGUGGAGGCGGUUUAAAUCGAAGUACUGUAUGAGACACAUAACUGUUGACAGUGCCAAUUCUGACGAAGGAGCUGUGCGUUCUUUGCCGCCGACUACGGUUUUCAUUGCCACCAAGAAAUGCUGUACGACGUCUUUGUGUUCCUCGUGUUCAUAACGGUUUGUAGUGGCGUCGGUUGAACAAUGUCCACUGUUAGUUCACACCCCCCUGGGAGAUCUCAUCUGUACAAUGUUCGCUGUAAAUAGCACUUUCGUUGUUUUUUUCUGUACACGUUGAAAGCUCUGUAUGUAUGCGCUGGUGCAGCUAUCGAAUAAUCGCGUGUAUGUCGCGUCGUAGGUGUCGAGUCUCGUAAACUUUCGGUGCAGUUUGAACGUAUGUAUCUUCCACCGUCUCUCUCUCUCUCUCUAUCUCCUUUUUGGCAUGGCCAACUACUACUCUGCAAGCACAAAGAAAUGUGAAUAUGCACGUGUGGCUUCGAAUUCUGACCUCCGUGUGUACUACGCCUGUUGUUCUCCCGGCAUAAUCGUGUGCGUAUAUAUGUGUGUUGAUCCCCGCAGACGCCUGCAAAUGUAGCGCGUUCAGCUCUAAAGAAAGAGAAAAAAAUAAUAAAAAAAAUCAAGCGCACUUCUUUGAAAGCUUCAGGGUUUGCAUCUUCUCUGAAAGAUCGCGGGGCUUUGCAUUUACGCUGCAUAGAAGCGGCCACAUGUACUCUUCGUUCUCUGGCCGUAGCGCCGCGGUUUGCGAGCACUUUUUCAACCUUCGCCCACUGGCGAGGGCUGGGAGUGUGGGAUAUAUGGCGUCCGUCGAAUCCUUUUCUCUCGUUACGAACACCAGUCGGGUAGCGUCUGGUCUGGAAAGAACAAUUACAAAAAAAAAAAAGUGUCGCUAUGUAAACGCAACACGAGCAGGCUGAUGCCAGACCGUGAGCCCGUAGCAACUCCGCUGUUUAUAUAGAGCUGAUCUCGGGCCUCCGAUGAUGGACGCUCCCGUUCCUGUUGCCCUUCACUUUUCUAAGCUCUUUCGUCAUACCUUCGCAAACUCUAACCUUUGCAUGCUAUAGCUCAAGUGCAUGGGUGAGACUGGCGAUUGAAAAGGGCGCAGAAAGGUACGGCCAAAUUCUUUCAUGGGCGUGCAAACCCGAGAGCUUAUGUAACACUUUUUCCGUCUCGGUUAGGGUGUAGUCGUUAUCUUGAACCUUCAGCGAACACCGGUCUCGUAGUCGGGCGACUUUUCACUUAUCGCUAUAUGCACUGGGCCAGCUAAUGCAGGUGAAGUCAAUGUGGAAAAGGUCAAGCCAGGCGCACACGCAAAAAGCCACCGAUGUAAUCAAGGUUUUGUCAUCGUGGGGUAAGAGUGAGAUUACGUUUCUAACUUCUGAAUCACUACUGCUGAUGAGAUUUGGUACAUUUAAAUCGCUACUGCAGCUCUCCGAGAGUGUCUCUUAUUUCAAUAAUUAAAGCGCUUCUCCAGCUCCGACUUUCUACAGCUUUUGCUUGUUUGGUUUUGAUGUUUCGGCCUAAAUAAGUCACGGCAAAAAGACAUGCGCAAGCGCCAUAACUACUCAGUUUUUCCUUCAUUUUUUUCCCUCUCUCUCUCUCGUAAGCUGCUCAUAUGAAGCGUUCGCCCUGCGAUCUUUACGACGAAACUGUUAACGCAGUGUAUACAUUUCUUGAGAUGGAACGAGACCGCACCUUUAGGAAAUUACAGCCGGUCCCGCUGAAAAUCUAAACAUAAGCAAUGCAUGGCUUACAUUUUUUUUUCUUUUUUUACAUUCUUCUGUACAUUAGUAACACAUACCAUAGAGUAUUUCAGACCAUUUGGCAGAUGUGAAUGCCAGGAUGCUCUACGCCGCUGAAACUUAUUUCGAAUCCGCCGUGACGGAAAUCGUACAGAGACUGAGUUAUCAGCGCCAAUAUUAGGACGGCUUAUUUUAGAAGUUUAGUGCGUUCAGUGGGUUUGCGUACUCUGCGGAAGAUCUAACAUGAAGCGCACACGCGGAGAGCGCUGACAUGCACUUCGCACUUUGCGCGCACGCUGUAAUGCAUAUAGUGCGUACCCACUACUCUCAAAGAUGUAAGUGCUUUGAGUGCGAGGCUAGGCUCCUUGUUCCUUUAUGCGUAAGCAAUUCCGCUAAGAAGGCAAUUCAGUCUGACGACGCCAUACAAAAACUUGUAAAUCAUUAUCUGUGUGCCAUUCUUCCCUUAGCCACUACGUCUCAAAAGAUAAAACUGUCGCGUUGUCAUGCCACGCACGGUGACUUCCAUCACACAUGAACAUCAUGAGAAGUGAGAAGAGUCUCAUCAUUCGCGGUCUGCACCCAUGCACAUGCGCCGCGCGUGCGAAAUAAAGGAAAAGCGCGGCGUUCUUAAAAUAUACGGCUCGAUCUAUUCCGAGCUUUAUACUACCAUGUAGCUACAACUGAUACUGGCCUGCUGUGUUUAAUAAAGUUUUUUU